AUGUCUCAGUUCACACUCGGUGCCAACAAGCGAUAUGCCAACCCAUCCGGGCCGACCAUGAUGAAGCCGAAAGGGCGGGUCCUGAUCCCCCUGAUGGCGACCAUCGGCCUGGGAUUCGCUGCAUACAACUACUAUACCGAGGCCAAGUUGCAACAAGAGCGCUCCAUGCUGGAGGAGCAGGAACGCCUAGCGAAAAACCAACAACUCAUGGACGCAUAUGGCGACAAAAACAGUCUCCACGAUAUCCAGCAGGCCCUUGACACCUACAACGUUCAAUGA